GAUUUUCUCCAACGAAAUUAAACCACGAAUUUGGCUCAUAUAUGUAGAUGACACAUUUGUAGUAAUAAAAAAGACGCAUCUGAGAUCGUUUUCAAAACUGUUAAAUACACUUUCAUCUCACAUCAAAUUCACGAAUGGGAAUGAAAAUGAACAUGGAGAGCUACCGUUCUUAGAUUGCUUAGUGAAAAGAAAUAUAAAUGGAGUUCUAAAUUUAUCCAUCUACCGAAAGCCCACACACUCCAAUCGUUACAUCGACUUCCAUUCAGCACAUCCUUUCAGUGCUAAAAUUUCGUUAGCCUUAAAUCUUGUUAGAAGAGCCAACAAGAUCAUCUCUUCAGAAGAGGACAAACAAAAAGAACAAAAGAAUAUAAUUAGCAUCUUACGAUUUAAUAAUUUUCCUAUGAAGAUUAUUAGAAGUAUAUUAAAACAAGACAAUUCAGUACACAAUAAUAAUAAUAAUUCGAAUGAAAUGCCAUGGAUUGGUACUGCAGUCUUACCAUACCGUCAUGGCACAACUGAAGAACUCCAACGGAUAUUAAGACAACACAGAAUUAAAGUAUAUUACAAAACAACUAACACACUUCGAAAUACUUUAGUUCGAUUAAAAGAAAAAAUACCAUUCAUGUCUACACAGAACUGCGUCUACAAAUUAGGUUGUGUCGAUUGUGAUGCCUUCUAUAUUGGAGAGUCAUCUCGCGAAAUCUUAACUCGCGCUAAAGAACAUAUCAGGUACACAAAGAAACCGCCUAAUAAUCCUGUAGAAUUAGAUAGACUUCAGAUUAAAUCGGCAAUAGCAGUUCACGCCAUUUUCAACAGUCAUCAAAUUGAUUUCAAAAAUAUCAAAAUACUACAGAAAGGUUUUUCUAACUACAAAGAAAGAAGAGUAGCUGAAGCUUUCCAUAUAAUGCUUAAUCCCACAGCUCUCAAUAGAAAGGAAGGCCUUACCAUACAGCCUACUUGGACCAUCUAUCCUAGUCACUCAGUCUGAUAUUAUUUACAAUUUCACACCAUUACAUUACAAAUCAAACUCUAUCCUUUGUAAUGAUAAAGGUCACACAGUUUUCAUUAUUAACAGUGCAUACAUACACACAAAAUUACAUCCAUGUCGCUUAUGAAUCACCUUGACCGAAAUGAAAUGACGUGACAGUGAUUUAUUCAGACCUGUUUUUGAUUGAUCACCUAAUAUUCUUUGAUUGUUCCGUUGUACUAUUUAAACUUGGAUUAAUAUUAAUUUGGUUAUUUAUUCUCUGAAGAAGUGGCUUACACUGAGUCACGAAACGUCAGAAAAUCUAAUUUUUCUACUCAUUGGGAUAUUACAAAUAUAUUAAUUUAUUGAUAACAAUCUACCCAAUGCUCAAUUUAUU